AGUUGUAAACAAACAGUGGCGGGCGUCGCCUUGUUAUCGAGACAACACCACCACCGCUGCAGCUCUCAACACACUCUCAACACACUCCAGCAGCACUCAACACACACUCAACACACUACAGCAGCACUCAACACACUCCAGCAGCACUCAACACACUCUCAACACACUCCAGCAGCACUCACUGCCUCGUUACUGAUGCAGUGUUAAAAGUUCACAGGUGUUGGCCAGGAGAAGAUGGGCUGUUGUGGUGACAGUGGGGGACCCUCCAAGGAGGAGGAGCGCCGACCUACAGAUGUCUUGUGGCUUAUCAUUUUCUUCCUCUUUCUAGUACUUAUGAUAUUUGUUGCCGCCUUUGCUCUUGUUUUUGGGAACCCUCUUCGAUUAGUGAACGGAUAUGACAGUUUUGGGAACGUGUGCGGAAGUGACAACGCAGACAUAAAAGAUCACAAUGACAGCUUGCUAAUAUUCUCCGGCUACGAUGUCAGUGACUACAAGUAUGUUAUGUUUUUUGAUGUGAGGGAUUUAAGUGUAUCCCUGAAAGUGUGUGUUAAACAGUGCCCUGAUAGGACACUCCAUACACUCCAAGAUAUUCAUGACUUCUACAACCGUACUGGCUCAAAACUUUGCAGAUAUGACUACGAGAAAUAUGAUCAAGAUGUUAGCUGGGUUAAAUCUUCUAAUGACCUGUCCCUGAAUGCCAGCUUGCUGUUAGCCGAGUGUCCCGCUUUGCCAGUUUUUCAAAGCAAUCCUGUACUCAAUCGGUGUGUGCCAUUAAAAGGUGAAGGACCUACAGGAAUUCUGUAUAACCUUUAUGGUUACCUCAAUACAAUGGAUAUUUUGGAGCAAGUGUUAGCGGACUUGUAUGCUUCCUGGCACCUGAUCCUCAUCUUUAUAUUCAUCACUUUAGGUUUGUCAUGUGCAGUGAUGCUGUGUUUACAUUUUGUAGCUGGGGUUGUGUCAUACGCUGUCAUGAUAGCUGUUUCAGUUGCCUCAGUUGUGGCAACAAUACUGUUAUGGUGGAGCUAUGCUACUGUUCGCCUGCAGCUUGAUAAUUCUCCAUUUGACCAGAUUCUUGAUGAAACCGUCCGCAAUGAACGAGCCUUGCUGGUGUAUGCCAUCUUAUCUACCAUCAUUACUGUCGCACUCAUUGCUCUGGUGGUUUAUGUGUGGCCGCAUAUCUCUAUGGUGGCAGAGUUGUUUAAGCAUGCUGGUGGAUGUCUCACUCGUCAUCCAACACUCCUGCUACAACCAGUCAUCACCUACUUUGUUUUACUGGCAUUCUUUUUGUUGUGGGUGUGGGUGAUGGUGUCCCUUGCCACAGCCAAACACCUGGGUAGUGGCAGUUUACAUUCAACCCAGCUUGAGGCUAUCAACAAUCAUUCUGCUGAGAGUUUAAUGGGAACCUCCACAAACCUCUCCACUGCACUGCCUAAGAGCACCCCACAAAGAGUGUUGGAAUAUAGGAAUCCUACUUGGGUGCGGUCCCUGUGGUGGGUGUGGGUAAUUGGACUGGUGUGGGUGGCUGAAUUUAUCCUAGGAUGCCAACAGAUGAUUAUUGCAUCAGCUGUGUCCACUUGGUAUUUCUCAAGACAGGAGGGCCGCGGAAAAGUACGGCACCCGGUGUGGUGGUCGUGGCGAACACUGCUGUUGUACCAUUUAGGCACUGUUGCAAAAGGGUCAUUGCUCAUCACCAUCUGCAAGCUGCCAAGGCUCAUCAUACAAUGGGUCACCAAAAAGUGCAAAGACCCUGAACACAGCUGCGCACAAUGUUGCCUUCGCGCAUGUUGCUGCUGCUUAUGGUGCUUUGAACACUUCCUCAAGUACAUGAACCACAACGCUUAUACCGUGACUGCCACCAGAGGCACUGCAUUUUGUACCUCGGCCAAGAUUGCAUGGCGUGUAGUCCUCACCAACAUGCUACAGGUGGCCACUGUCAACAGUGUUGGGGACUUGAUGUUAUUCCUGGCCAAAGUAGCUGUUACUGGGACGGUGUGUUGCAUAGCCCUCCCAGUGCUCCAUGCUGACCCCACUCUUCAUCUCUACGCAGUACCGCUCAUCGUCACAGCUGUGUUUGCAUUCUUCAUUACGCAUUGUGUCUUUUCUGUCUAUGAGAUGGCAGUUGAUACUCUGUUCCUUUGUUUCUCUGAUGAUUACAACACAUAUGACACCACUGAUGGCCGAGACUUAGUAGCAGACAAAGAACUGUAUGAAUUUAUGGUAAAGCACGAGGACAUCGACAGGAAAAAUUCUCGGAAAUCUCGACGCAGAGACCCUCCCGAGACUAUCAGGUUUAAGGAAGGAACUGUGUAAGCAUGUAUUACUUGCAUGGCAAUUUAUUGUCAUACCAUAUAUUGUUAUACCUGAUAAUGUAUGAAAUACAGUACUUUCCAUUUAUAUUAGUUAAUGUCCAGGUGGAUCAUCUGGAAGGGAAAUUACUAAACAUGCUUGUUGGUGACUAAAUAAUACAGUUAUGAACUGUGUAUGAACAAACAUUACACCAAAUUUUAUCAAAUCAUCAUAAUAUUAUAAAUAUUAUACUUUAAAUGUUGUUGGUUUAUAUUGAUUUCCUGAAUAUUCAGGUUUUUGGAGAAGAUAGCAGUACAAGAUAGGUUGCUGUAUUAUUUGUUCGUAUCAUUAACCCGUAUACGUAAAUGUUUUAUUUGAUUUACUUUGCAAGAGAAGUGUUGAUCUUAACUGUGAUUUGUAAUAACAUCAGCUGCUCUUCUCAUGGAGAAUAAUUUUUAGUUGGUCACACAUGUGCUGUGUUUGUUAGUACAGUACUGUACUGUAUAGUGCUUAGGAGUUAUAAUUCAGUAAUCCUUAAAUUUGUUUUAGAAUAUUUUCUUAUUUCUGGGAUAAUGAAUACAGUAUUUAAUAAUUGUCUAGUACCUAACAGUUUAAUUGUGAACUUUGGGCAUGAUACACUUUGUGAUAAAAAUAUUAUAUUUCAGUAUAAUUUUAAAUUGUUCUCAUGUCUGGAGUAUAUAUUGAUUAAAAUAUAUAUUAUGUAUUUUUCAAAGAUUCACGAAAUCUUUGAGAUAUGAAAAAAAUAGGCAUUUAUAAUUUUAAUGCAAAUUCAAUACAAGAAAAGUUAUUAUGGAAGAUAUGUGCGAGAUUGAAUGAAAGGCUUUACCAGAAAGAAUUUUAAUUACAGACAAAAUUAUCACCUGUCUCAAAACUGUAGCACAUUACAGUAGUUGAGCAUUAACUUCAUGCAAACAUUUCUGAACUUGGAAUGGCAGAUAGAAGCAAUUCAGUUUUAUGUUGUUACUAAAUUUAUUUAUGGCACUUUAAAUUUACCACUUUCUUUCACACUGUAUCUGAAGAAAAAUGAAACUUUUUAGUUUUGUCAAUAAGGAAAUUAGUUAAUGCAUAUUUUCAGGUACUGUAUUUGUGUUACCAUUAUUAAUGUUUAUCUGAUACAGACGUGUUGAUAAUCAUGUUUUGCUCUACGUACUUUGUUUUGUAAUUGUAAGAAUAGUUAGGUUUAGAUUAAACUGUGUGGGCCAAUAAUGUAAACAGUAGUAGCUUAUAUCUACUGCUCUCUAUUUUGAUAACUGUAAUGAGCCAUGUGAUCUCACAUUUGAUAACGAAAGUGACUGUUUUGUAAUGCAGUGGCUGUCUCGCAACUUAAGGACAUGUGCUCCCAUUACAAAGGAUGCUUGUGGGGAGUGGGUGUGUUGGUGUCUUGCUAGGGAGUCAUGGCUUGCUUAAGUAGUCUUUUUUUACCUCAUGUUUUAAUGUCUUAUUAAGUUAUUACUGUUUUAUUUAAUAUUUAACUUUUGUACCGUUAACCUUCUGCACAUGGAAUGCGCAAUGUUAUAAUUUCAGAAAUAUUGUACAGUAUUUAGUACAUGUAAUUGGACAUGUAACAUGAACAGGACAGAUGCAGCAGGAUUUAGUAUUAAUGUGACUAAGUUUUGUAUGUUACAAAACAAGUUUUGGUACUACAGAUUAUAAAACGAGAAUAGUUCCGUCCCAUUUCCACUUUACUAGUUUUUGAUUCAUUAUUAUAUAUCUAAUACAGGCUCAUCCUUGUACUUAAAUAUUUUCAGUAAUUGCAUGAUUUUUUUUUUAUUAUAACAAAAUUUGUCAAUACAGAAUGUUAGGCUCUCAUUUUGUGCCUACAGACCAGACAUGUGAAGGGAAACCUUUCUUCUUGUUAAAAACUUUGAAUGAUAUCUAGCCAAGUGUGUAGAGUUGAAAAUAAAAUAUUUGAUUAUAUACUGUAUGAGCUCGAUUAUCAGGACUCUAUGGGAAGGAUUCUUAUCUGGAUAAGCAUUAUUCUUAUCGGGGGAAAUACAAAAAUUAACAUAUUCCAAGCAUUUUUUAUCAGUAAUGUAAUUUAAAAAACUUCAGCUUACCUUGUUGUACACACAGAAAUCACAAUUGCGUGAUGCAUCAAAUGAACAAAUCCACAAGGGCCGUGACGAGGAUUCAAACCUGCGUCCGAGAGCAUCCCAGACGCUGCCUUAAUCGACUGAGCUACGACCAUGUCGUAGCUCAGUCGAUUAAGGCAGUCUGGAUGCAAUUUUGUCUGGAUAACCCCGAUAUCCAGUUUAGUGGAAUCUGGAUAAUCUAGCUCAUACAGUAUAUUUGAUUUAACUUGUUAUGUUCAUACAAAAAUGCUAUUUAAAAGAAUACACAGUAUACAGAUUUUGUAGGUACGUUGUUGUUGCAGAUUGUGCAAUAUUUAAGAAGCAACUAAUUAAUUAGUGAAUAAUUAUAUAUAUAUAUUUAUAUACAGUAAGCCACGUGCUUUCCGAACCCCUUGGGACUGAGACUGAAUGGAUAACUGUUGUGUUUGGAUAAGUGGUUCGUCAUCCCCGAUAAGCUAGGGGAAAAAAAAUUAAAAUUUUAUUGCAGAAAUUUGAAUGUUUUGUCUGUACUCAUCAAUAUAAGAGGUUCUGAUCCGCUUGUUAACGUGAAGAUUAUAGUUGAUGGAGCAUUGUUAUUUAGAUUUAAAAUGCAGUGGUGGAUGAUGAUAGUGCUGGGUUGACUGAAAUGGUGAUUAAUGGUGACGAGGUAACCUCAGCAGACCGCCUUUCACCAUGUACUAUACUGUACCUAAUGCCAUGGCAGAUUUUAAAGCUUCUGAGCCAUUCAUUAGUAUAGGAACACUGUUCAAGUGGUGCUGUGUACAGUCACUGGGCAAACCUAAUUCCAUCUUUAUUGCACGUUUUUAUUCAGACUUUUUAUCGGAACUACUGUAACUCAAAUAAAAUAACAGGCAUUUUCGGAACAUAGGCGUUCGUAAAGCACGUGGCUGACUAUAUAUAAUAUAAUUAUGCAUGUGUACUAUACAUGUACAAUAUUAAACAUGUAUAUUAUAUAUGUAUAUUAGCACUGAAGAAGAACCACACAUAAAAGCCAACCUUUACAGUAGACAAUGUCUUAAAUUGAGACAAGUAAAAUGGUUACAGUAAAGGCUUUUUCUUAGUUUGUCAUAAUCACAUUUUUUUCAGCAGCUGUAGCCCUUUAGUAAACAAUCCAGUUAAGUUAUUUUGAGGAGAGACUAAUACAAUAUUUGAUCAUCAUCUCUGCCCGCCCCCAUUUUCAUGUUAUGGUGAAGAACUUUGCAUUAAUUGGAGGAAAGAUGGAUCUCAAUUCCAAUCUCUUUCCUCUAUCACAUGGGGUAACAAGAUGCUAGGGUUAUAUAGCACUGGGAUUAUGGGGCUGUGUGCACCACAGUGCUUGGCACCUGAUUUAUGAGGCUGUGUGCACCACUGUGCUUGUCACCAGGUUUUUAUAAGGCUGUGUGCACCACUGUGUUUGUCACCAAGUUUUUAUAAGGCUGUGUGCACCACUGUGUUUGUCACCAAGUUUUUAUAAGGCUGUGUGCACCACUGUGUUUGUCACCAAGUUUUUAUAAGGCUGUGUGUACCACUGUGUUUGACACCAGGUUUUUAUAAGGCUGUGUGCACCACUGUGCUUGUCACCAGGUUUUUAUAAGGCUGUGUGCACCACUGUGCUUGUCACCAGGUUUUUAUAAGGCUGUGUGCACCACUGUGCUUGACACCAGGUUUUUAUAAGGCUGUGUGCACCACUGUGCUUGACACCAGGUUUAUGAGGCUGUGUGUACCACUGUGCUUGUCACCAGGUUCAUGAGGCUGUGUGCACAACUGUGCUUGUCACCAGGUUCAUGAGGCUGUGUGCACCACUGUGCUUGUCACCAGGUUUAUGAGGCUGUGUGCACCACUGUGCUUGUCACCAGGUUCAUGAGGCUGUGUGCACCACUGUGCUUGUCACCAGGUUCAUGAGGCUGUGUGCACCACUGUGCUUGUCACCAGGUUCAUGAGGCUGUGUGCACCACUGUGCUUGUCACCAGGUUCAUGAGGCUGUGUGCACCACUGUGCUUGUCACCAGGUUCAUGAGGCUGUGUGCACCACUGUGCUUGUCACCAGGUUCAUGAGGCUGUGUGCACCACUGUGCUUGUCACCUGGUUUAUGAGGCUGUGUGCACCACUGUGCUUGUCACCUGGUUCAUGAGGCUGUGUGCACCACUGUGCUUGUCACCAGGUUCAUGAGGCUGUGUGCACCACUGUGCUUGUCACCUGGUUUAUGAGGCUGUGUGCACCACUGCUUGUCACCAGGUUCAUGAGGCUGUGUGCACCACUGUGCUUGGCAGUGGAGAUGCCAUAUUCCCCAUGAAAAAUGCAGUGUAUUUGAAAUAAUCACAAAUAAAAUACUUUACAUUAAUGAUCUUUCUGCACUGCAAUUGUGCAAAUAUUGGUCUUCAGAAAUUGUUUUACAAUUAUUUGUUAGCUUUUAACAUACUUGAUUUGAAAUUAUUAAUGUUUAAAGAUACACUGAUUUUUUAAGAUUAGCUAUGUAUCAUUGGAACAAAAUCUUGUGAAUCGUCUUGAAUAUAUUAUUUAUGAUUAUUCAAGUAAAUCAUUGGCUUAAUUUUUUGUUUAUUUUAGAUUGGUAUACUAAAGAAAUUACAUUAAAAAAAACUUUACUUCUGAAAACUUUCUUUAAAUGUGAUACAAGUGCUUAAAUUUUUGUUUACUUAAGUACAUUUUUACUUUAUUAUGUAAAUACUUUCCUUACAAAAUAUAUUAAACAUUUCAUUAAUUGA